AAGUUUAAAAGGCUUACUGCUCCGAUUUACGAGUAUCAGAACCCAUCACAAAUUCCCCUCCACAAGACUCAUGUUACUCUUCGACACCCCGUUCGUUCGUCGAAUUCUGGACGAACAUCCUAUCUCUCAGAUUGUAUCUGUGGUCGGUAUAGUCACUAUUGUCUGGUACCUCUAUGCCGGCGAGGGUCCUCUGCUUCAUCGAGCCCGAGAUACACAAGGCGCUGGAAUAUUUGCCAUGCUGCCCUUGGGAUUCAAGGCUAUAUUGCUCUACAUCCUCUUUUGUUAUGUUUGUUACUACGCCAUCCCACCUUCUCUAGUACCUUCCAACAGUCGUAGAACUUCUUCGGCAAAAGUCCCCCACACUGCUGGAAAUUCUCCAUCCAAAAACAGAGUCAAGAACCCAAUGCUCCCUCAGAAGGCCGAGAUAGAACUUCCAGUCGAGGGCUGGUCGAUCGCCGUCGAGUUCUCAUCGAACCGUCCGCAUGUCAAAUUCCUUGACUAUGAUUUCAGCUUUGCGAAAGAGUUGAAUACAAAUUUAGAAAGGUACACCAGAUCGGGCACCGUUCAAGUUGAAAUCACUGUGAAACCUGCGAACGGAAGCAGUGAAAAUUCGAACUUCGUCUUGCAAUGCGGACAUGGCCAAUGGGACGCACAAUUCAAGAUCACUCAUCGAGAACACCGGGUGAUAUUUGUCUACGAGUUCGCGUUAACGCAAGUGUGGAUUUGUCUCCCUGUUGCUAAGAUUCCUCCACAGCUUCGCGAAUGCAGGGCAGCUGGAGAGGCCUGGCUGAUUGACAUUCCCAAACUCGCCGAUUUUCAGAGCCUCGUCAAACGAAAUUUAGCCCCAGAACGAAGCGUAGAGGAUAUACCUAUAGGUUUUCCAGACGCAGGGGGAAAACAAACUUUUGACGGCUACAUUCCAUGCGUUGACUUAACCCAAGUUAACAUUCCCAUUAUUGUGCCUCGCUUAGUGAGAGUUUCAUUUGGGACUGAUCCUUUGAACAAGGUCCAAUCCUUGCCCUUGCACCCUUUCGCGAUCGAACUAAGGACUUCCUAUGGGAUCAUUUGACUCACAUUUCAUUGGACACAGUUAUAAUAUUUGCCAAAGAAUACAGAAGGAUUCUGCAGGUCUAUCCGGAACUUAGAACUUUGAUCAUCCGCAGGCCGGGGGAAGGUUUCGGAGCACCGGAUUCUAUGAUGCGCCCAGCAGGAUUGGCAACGGCUUCCCAACUCAGAACCUUGCACUUGAUUGACUGCAGAGUGGACAUGUCGAGUUUCCUUUCUGCCACCAUUG